AUGAAGCUCAUUCUUGGUAUCAGUGCUAUGACUGGGUUGAACUAUUUUAGUCUGAUUGAUGUAUCUAAUCACUCUACUUCUACUGCCCCCACCUCUGCUGCUAUUAUCUGCUAUCUGCAUUCUGCUCUCACCCCACUAACUACUUCUGCCACUGUUCUACCAGCACUGCUAUCAUCCACUACUGUCUCUCUGUCUCCCUCCAGCAUCAACAGGGUCUCUGCCCAUCAAAUAACAGGUAUUAGAGCCCCUGUCCAGUUCACAAAACUGGUUCUGGAGGAGCAGAAGAAGAAGAAGAAGAAGAAAACGAAGAAGAAGAAGAAAGAAAAGAAGAAGAAGAGAGAGAAGAAGAAAAAGAGAGAGAAUGAUAAUAAUAACAAGAAUAAUAAUAAUAAUAAGAAUGAUGAUGAUGACAAGAAUAAUGAACUUGUUAUUUAA